AGAAGAUCCGUUGCAAUUCAGAAACCGAGUUUCGUUUGUUUAAUCGAUACGCGUUAGGUGGUAUACGACGCGAAGUAUUACGAUUCAAUGUUAACCGUUUGAGAUACAAGUUUAUCCGCGGUGAACAAAAUGGAUAAGAAUAAAAAGCAUAAAGUAAAUAAAGAAAGUUUCGAACGGAUAUCCGUGUCUGGAGAAACGGAAGGUAGUUCGAAGUCGUUUCCUGUACUCGACGAAGCCGUUCCGAAUAAUUUGAUACACAGAGUGUGUCGAAAACCACCUCGCAGUUACAAGAAGGGGAGAGACGAAAUACCUUUCUUUAUACCGCACAAGAAGUUACUCGAAAAAAUCGACCACAAGCCGGAAAUAAGGGAACCGCUGACCGGAUUUACCGAUCAACAAGAGAAAAUUAGAAGAGAAAUGUGCAAACCUAGCACUCUACCAGUGGUAACGGAGACGGUGGAUAAGGUGUCAACGAAGGACGUCGCUGUACGAGAAAUAAAACGAGCAUGUAACAUUCCUGCAUUUUUAUAG